AUGGAACAAACAGAAAUGUCAGAUUCCGACCAAUCUCCACCUUCCCCACUUCCAAAAGACCUUCGCAAAGUCCCAUCCCCCAUCCGCAUCGAUGUACCCAACCGUCCCCGUCCGGUAUCUUCCUAUAACUCUCCGAUUGUAUCUCGAAUAUCCAACACACCGUCAUCAACUCGUUCGGGGUCUCCGGUAUCUAGUGGAAAGGACAGGACGAAAAACGAGACGCCUACAAAGAAAGACAGGAGAAUAUCAAACUCAAGAAAAAAUACAAAUGGUGUAAAAAGCGUUAAAGAACCAGAGGGAACAAUUGUCAUUGUAGGAAUUGAUUUUGGGACAACUGCUUCAGGAUUUGCCUAUGCGGAUGCCAUAAAUCCUAAUGUGAUUGAAAUUUUUGACGACUGGCCAUGUUGGCAAGGAUAUCUGAAAACGUCAACUAGUAUCCUGUAUGACUCAAUCACAGGAACAGCAGUACAAUGGGGCGAAGAAACUCAGGUAUCAUUGAUACGGAAAAGACGUCGACUGAUGAAUUCAAUGGAUAGUAACUUCAAGGAACUUGAAGCGUUCAAGAUGAUUAUUGUUAAGUAUGGGGAAGAGGAUGCCGUGGAACUAUGGAAGAAGGCAGUCGUGGACUAUCUGACAAAUUUUGGAGCGAAACUGCAGCAGGCUCUACAAGCGGUCUAUCCGUCUAUAUCUUUAUCCAAAAACGCUUCUAUUAUACUGUCUAUCCCGUCGUUCUUUUCCGCCUCUGUCCAGUCUCUCCUUUGUGAAUGUUUUGAGCGGGCCCUCUCAAUUCCAUCUUCGAAUCUCCAUUUCGUCUACGAAUCAGUAGCAUCAGCCGUAUACUGUAUGCGAUUACUCCCUGGUCACCACGAAGACGUCGGGUGCAAAUUUCUUGUUGUAACGUGUGGAGGCGAAACGGUACAAUUGACGGUUAGGCAAUUAAUGGAGAAUGACAAAUUAAGAGAAUGUACAAUACAGACAGGCGAAAUAUGCGGAGCAAUGGAGGUUGAGAAGGAAUUUGAGGCCUGGUUUGGCAAACGUGUUGGAAUUGAUGGAUUGACCAAGUGGAAGAAAGAGUAUUAUGGACAGUGGAAAUAUCUUUUGCAUGUGUUUAUCAAGGAAGUUAAAUACGAAUUUACCGGAAUUGAAGAAAACUUUCGACCAUUCCGAUUAGAUUUACUUGAAUUUUGUCCUAACCUCAAAUAUCUAGUCUCCGAGUCUUAUCGUGCUCAACUCAAAUCUGUCGAAUGGAUUAUAGACGUUACUUUUGCUGACGUUAAAUCCUUCUUUGACCCUAUUGUCGAUAAGAUUAUCAAGUUGAUAAGUGAUCAGAUUAAACAGUGCGAAAAUGUGGAUGUUAUGUUUAUCGUUGGCGGAUUUGCGAAUUCCGAAUAUUUGGUUAGGAGGAUUAAAAAAGAGUUCAAAGACACGGUGAAGAAGAUUACAGUUCCGGCUCAGCCGAUUGCUGCCGUAUUAAAAGGCUCAGUAUUCUAUG